CCCUGGCUGUAGUCGGACGAUUUGGUUGUGGUAUCAGCUUCGUAUCCGACUCUGAGCUAUCCCGAGGCCCCACAAACGACCGAACCGCACCAUCCAAAUUUUGAGAUUCUAUCACGAUCAAGCGCGUCUGCUUUCCACCUUUCGAUGCCGAUGCUGCAGUGCUUUGACCGCUGCCUAGACCCUCGAAGGGUGCUGGGAACGAAUACAAACCGCGUGGAAUGAGACUGGCUGUGAAGCCGAACGAAGAUGGCCACCCUUCUUCGACGAUACCGGUCCUCGACUUCGACCUCGACACCUUCUACCUCCAAAUCCGCCGACAUUUUGCGAGCUCUCCUAGACAAGCUCACCGCCCAUGCUGAAAACAAACAAGCCAAUGGCUAUCCCACGAUCCUGACGUUGAUCGAGGUGCUACAGAAAGUCCGUCAACAUGUCGCCGCUCCCGAACCCCCCAGCGUUCACCAGGACGAUUUCCGGUAUCUCCGCGGGUUUUACAAAGUCCUUGAUGUCCUGCGGUCCUUCUCGGGCUUCUACGAUCCCCAGACUCGCACACAAUCAGAAAAGGAGGAGAUAUUUGGCCUCUUAGAAGCUGCCCUGGACCUCCUUUCCGCUGCAUUUCAAGACCACCCGGGGAAUAAGCGCUACUUUCGCAAUCGGGUCGAGAGUGGUGGAUGGGAGGCUCUCGAACAAAUCAUCGCCAGCAUUGGACUCGCGGGGAGCGAUUCCGACACUUGGACCAACUCCCAAGUCUUUGGAAAGCUCUUGGCUUUCUCUCUCGGCGACAAGCGCGUUGGCGAGCUCUUCCACACUGUCUUCGAGGCCACCUCGAUCGCAAAGAACACCCCCCCUCUGCAGAACACGAAGGACGGACGUGAAAUCGACAACCGUGACCAUGUCCAUGGGAAAGAGGAUGGGGAUGUGGCUUCCCGGCCGAUACUAGAUGUUGCAGGGAAAGUCCGUAAAGCUAUCCACAAAGACAGCGUAUUCCGCAUCCCCGAGAUCCUGCGGACUGUUGUCGGCUUCUGGGAAACCAUACCAAGGGCCCAAGACCGUCCGGCCGAACCUGUUUCCAUGACGGUUCUAGAUGCUGUGUCGAGCGCAGUCUCCGUGUCCAUGUUCAACUUAGCCGCCCUUCAUUCAACAGGCGUCCUUUCGCGCUUCUUGCGGGUUUGUUUCGACCCCGCUCAGCAACUCAAUCCUGAUGAAAAGCAGAAACUCCUGGUGCUUUGCAAGAAACUGAUGUAUUUGGGCACCAAUCAGCCAGCUGAUGCUCAGUUCUUGUUGGCGAAUCAGUCCCCGGAGGCUUCGACCUUCUCCCUCGAGAUGGCGUCUGCCUACAGCGGUCCUCCUUUCUUCCAGCUCGACCUAUCUCUCCAUGGCCACUCCUCCAUUGAGCUCCCUACUCUGGGUCGAGUCUUCCCCCCAAGCAACGCGCCUGGCUAUACCUUCACCGCUUGGGUGCGAAUAGACCGUUCUGACCCUGCUUCUCACACCACGCUAUUCGGGGCGUGUGAUUCGACCCAGACUUGCUUCCUUCUCAUCUACUUGGAGAAAGAUACGCGAAACUUCAUUCUUCAAACAUCAGUCAAGACACAGCGCCCCAGUGUCAGGUUCAAGUCAGUCGUGUUUAAGGAACGCCAGUGGUACCAUAUCGCCCUGGUUCACAAGCGACCAAAGACCAUUUCAGCGAGCAAGGCUUCGCUUUACAUCAACGGGGAGUUUGCCGAGCAGCUGAAGUGCGCCUAUCCUAUGCCUCCACCGUCGGCUCAUGGCAGUACGGACAGCCUCGCCUCGUUCACCUCAAGCAACUCCAAGCCCAAUCCGGUCCAAGCCUUCAUCGGCACACCGAAAGGGCUCGCUAGCCGCCUGGGCCCCGGGCAGGUCUUCUCGAAAUGGUCUCUCGCAUCCGCUCACCUUAUUGAAGAUGCGUUGAGCGAUGACCUCAUCGCCGUUCACCAUGGGCUCGGAGCGCGCUAUCAAGGGAACUACCAGGAUAGCUUGGGUGGGUUCCAGACGUACGAGGCCUCGGCCAACUUAGGCUUGCGCAAUGAGAUCGUCCAUCCUGGCAGAGACGAAGCCUCCGACUUACUUAGGGCUAUUCGGGAGAAAGCGGGCACCCUGGUCCCCGAGAGCAAAAGUCUUCUCAGCAUUUUCCCAACAGCAGUUUUCCGGGAGGACGGUCUUUUCCAGGAUACCCAGCUUCAUCGCGCUCUUCCCCGUGCCGCCUCGACGAACCUGAUCCAAAUGACCCAGCGCAGCGGCUCCGCCAUCGCUGUAAACGCAGCCGUGCCGUCACUUCCGGAAGCCUUAGCUCGGUCUCAUGGCGUUGCAGUUCUCAUCGGAAAUCCUGUCGUCGCCGCCCCGUCCCAUUUCGACGACAACUUUUGGCGCUUGGCCGGCUUUACUCCCUUGGCCCUCAAGCUUGUUGACCGCGCCUCCGCAGUAGAGGAGGUAGUCCGGGCUGUAGAAAUGCUGUUCCUGUGCAUAAAGAGGAGCUGGAGGAACAGUGAAGCGAUGGAACGUGACAAUGGAUAUGCGAUCCUCGGCAUGCUCUUGAGGGCAAAGCUGGGAUACAGCGGCAGCCCGGGAAUCGAGAGCGCAAGCACUCGUCUUUCCGCCACAAAUGAAGAGCGAGACCAAAUGAGUUUCCAGCUUCUCAGCCUCCUCCUCGAGUUUGUCGGGUAUAACCAUGCUGAACCUCUGGACUCUUUCAUCAUCAACCCGCUGGCAUACCGCGUUCUUCUUAUCGACUUCGAUACAUGGAGACGGUCCGCUCCCAUCACACAGGAGUUAUACUACAAGCAGUUCGUCACGUUUUCCGUUAAGAGUAAAUAUCGGCAGUUCAACAGCCGACGUUUGAUCCGCAUGAGAAUCGUGAAGAGACUUCUCGAUGCCAUGAAGGCGGAGACGAUCUCCGAAGACGUUCUACCGCAUUUCAUGGAUGCGCUGGAACAACUGGUCAAGUGCAACUACACGGCCGAAGUGCACCGGGCCUUGGCCCUGUUCAUCACCUAUACUUUCCACUCGCCCGCAUCUUCCUUGCCACGUACCCCGAAGCCUGUUUCCUCCAGCACUCGAUCCAGCACUCCCGGCUUCAUUCGGAGAGCCCCGUUAGACAGCAGCUCCUCCUCUACCCCUGCCACAUCAAAGUUCCUCACCAAGAAGCAACUAGGGACCAAAAUAUUGGGCAUGUACUCGGGGCUUCUUUGUGAAAAGGGGAACCUAGCGAACAUCAAAAAGUUCGCUAGGACUGUUACCAACAAGGUGAGGGAGUCCGGCGACGCUCGAUCAACUUUGCUGAGUAUGGACCAGUGGUUAUUAUAUCUCUUGGCCGAGGACGAUGCCGAGACCGUCGUAUAUGGCGCGAAGAUUCUUGCUCGUCUACUGGUAACCCACGGGAGUGCCUACACAACCAAGUUUGCGACCAAGACUGCCGGAUUUACGAUUAUGGCGUACCACUUGAAGCGCUGGUGGGACGUACCAACGCUCUGGCCCAUAUGCUUGAGCAUCUUGUUUGGCUACGAUGUGGCUGAAAUCGACUUCACUCGCGAAUUCGACUUCUCCAACUUGAUCGAGAUGUUCGGCAGCUCUAAGAUUGCUACUCCUGAAUCCCUUCCGGUCAUCACUUCUAUGUUGCAGAGCGGUCUUAAAGAUAUCUUCAGGCACCAAGAGGACCCGAGCUCGCCUCCAGCUGACACUGUCUUCCGGGACGGACGUCCGCCCGCUGCCUCCCUGGAGGCGACUCGGCCUCGCGCUACGUCGAUGGAGCUGUUCCAAGCUCUUCAGUCUCGACGUACGGAACAGAUGCGAAAGCCGAGUGAUUGGGUUGUUGACCAUGUUUCGGUUCUCAACACUGUGGUCAGAUUCUUUUCAGAUCUUCAUUCCCGUUCUUCGAGCUUCAGAGACUUGGCGCUAUCUUCGGAAUACGUCCGCCAGCUCCUGCGGGCGUUGUAUCCCGUUGUGGUGAGUACGGAUGAGCUGUCUCCUGAGACAGAACUCAACUCUCCAGAUGCCACUCUUACCUUCGAGGGUGCGGACGUGAUCAUCCGCCCCCUGGCUGUGUCUGGCCCAUCACCCAUUAUUCGGACUGCCAGCGUCCAAGCUGCCACCAAUCCACGGACCAUAUCGCGGGGCAGGCCUCUCCGAAGAGCGUCCUCUUUUAUUCUGGUGACCUCGCAAGCCGCCCCCGAUGCAGCGGCCCCGCCUUUAUGGCAGCCAUCCGAUCCGAAGAAUGUCCUCUCCCGCCAGACAAGUAGUACGGUCCGUGAAGGCUUGCUGGAAUUGGUUACCGACAUUUUCACCGAACAGCUCCUGAACCGCAAGGAGUUCCCUGGAUUUAGCCUUUUCGCCAAGAUACCGCCAGGGUUUCAAGAACACCAGGCUUACUUCGAAUCAUACGUGCUUCGGAACACCAUUGAGCAUCUCAAUAAUUAUAUUCAGCGUACGCAAAAGAUUCUUUGUGAACCAAAGGUGCUCAUGAACAUGGCGAGGUUCAGCAAUCACGUUGUUGAGGCGAUCUUUGAAGGUUGGUUUAUGGACGGCGCCGAGGUCAUGCUAGAAUUCCUGGGCACCAUCCUAGAGUACCUCCAACGACCGGAGGUGUCGUCUUUGAAGAGUGUCCGACUCUGCAGCCAAGCGUUGGCGACAAUACGUCAUUGUUUUCUCAGGAUCAAUCUCCUUCGGCUCUCGGAACUGGACGACGCUCAGACAUCUGAGGGUCAAGCUCUGGCCUUCAUGCACAAAAUACUUUACUGGCAAACUGCAAUCCUAGGUUGCCUUUCGAAUGAACAUGAGUUUGUGAGGCUCCUCUGGUAUCAGCUGUACACCAAACUGGUUGACGACAGAGCCCCUAUUCGCCUGGCUGCAGCGAACAUACUACGGAUUAUGCUAGUCCAGAAGCCGGAUGAGUCCACCGCUUUGUUCAGGCAAGGCCUUGCCUCAGAUGAGCAACGAUUGACGGCGCAAUUCAGCACAUUGACCGAAGUGGACAACGAGACCUUCGUUGUCUGGGUGGACCAACACCGUCCAUCCUUGGAUGCGUUCUUCUUCGGUGGCUUCUCUAAGACAUGGGAGGAGUUCGUGGCGGCAGAAAAUCAACGAACCGUCGACAGUGCUAAACUCCGUCUAGCCAGGCGCAAGGAAUGCCUGAAAACCUGGCAAGCGGGAAAUCAUGCCACGGACAAUGCGAUAGUCAGCCAUCAGAUGGCUAACAGCUCUUGGAUGAAGAGCAUUUUCAAUAGCGAACACUUCAAGCAUCAACGGCUCAUGCAAGAUCAGCAAGACGAUAUGGCUUUUCUCUCUUCGGCGUUCGCGAAGAUGGACCGCGAUCUCCGGCGUCCAGGCGCGGUAUUCAGCGAGCCCGCGCAACCUAAGUGGAAGCUGGACCGCACUGAAGGACGGAAUCGCAUGCGACUGAGACUCCUCCCAGUUUACUCGAAGGACCAUGAAGUGUUUCAGCCAAAGCGACGAGCUGGAGAGCUGGCCGUGAGUUCAGCUUUGAAGGUGAACACUCUCGUCCCUCCAGUGACGCAAGCGUCAGCAUCUAUCUCGGCAACCCCAACGUCCUCCCAGGCGCCAUCGGCACAAAGAUGUGAAGGGGCCAUAGGAGAACCCGAGACAUCUUACCAGAAGAGUGAGUCUUCCGGCUCGGACUCGGUAGUGGCGCCCGAAGACGAUUUCGAGAUGGUCGACGACCCCAACGAUGCAUUGGACGGAGAUGACGGGUUCGAAGACAAAAACCGGAAGGUGAUGCGACGACUCCAGCAGGGGGACCAAGUACAGUCUGUAUACAACAUUUCUCGCAUCAUCGGUCUGGAAGCGUGCGAAGGCAUUCUCAUCGUUGGGAGAGAGGCCAUGUACAUCAUGGACAACGUUUUCCAGUGCGCCUCAGGGGAGAUAGUUAACGCCUGGCAAGCCCCGCCCGACGAACGAGAUCCCUUUUCGGAGAUUAUCACGGAUAUCAAGACAACGGAGAGGCGACAGAACUCCGGUCGCAGCGAGCAGGAGUCAAGAAGUUGGCGGUGGCACGACGUCAUUAGUGUAUCGAAGAGGAGAUUUUUAUUCCGGGAUGUCGCUAUCGAGAUCUUCUUCACCGAUGGUCGAAGCUAUUUACUGACUACUAUGAACCCCGUCUCGAGAGACUCCUUAUUUGGCAAGCUGAUGAACAAAGCACCUCACACCAACGCUGCAAGCUCGCUACCAAAUCCAGAAGAUGGCUGGCGACUCGAGACUCUGAAAGUAAUGGAGGAGCCUUCGCAAACGCUUGGGUUCGGCUCCAAGUUUGGAAACAUCUUUAAUACGUCCUCUUGGAAUCCGUCUUUGAGGAGGUGGCAGAAGGGUGAGAUCUCGAAUUUCCAUUAUCUCAUGCUUGUGAACACCAUGGCAGGUCGGACUUUCAACGACUUGACCCAGUACCCUGUCUUUCCUUGGGUGUUGGCCGACUACACAAGCGAGGAGCUCAACUUGGAUGAUCCGGCAACAUUCAGAGAUCUCUCGAAACCCAUGGGAGCCCAGACUUCCGGCCGAGUCACAGGCUUUCAGGAGUCGUACAAGGCUCUCGCCGAAAUCGGGGAAACACCAUUCCACUACGGAACCCAUUACUCUUCAGCUAUGAUCGUCUCGUCGUAUCUCAUCCGACUCCCACCUUUUGUGCAGUCUUACAUUCUCCUUCAAGGAGGGACGUUCGACCAUGCGGAUCGCCUCUUCCAGUCCAUUCCUCAGGCGUGGAAAUCUGCCUCCUGUGAGAACAAGGCCGAUGUGAGAGAGCUAAUACCGGAGUUUUUCUGCUUGCCGGAAUUUCUCACAAACACGAACGGGUACAAUUUCGGCCAUCGGGAAAGCUCUGGGGCUAGGGUGGACAAUGUUGUUUUACCUCCCUGGGCAAAGGGAGACCCCAAAAUAUUCAUUGCGAAGCACCGAGAGGCGUUGGAGAGCCCUUUUGUGAGCCGGAACUUGCACCAUUGGAUCGAUCUGAUAUUCGGAUACAAGCAAAGAGGCGAGGCCGCGGUGGAAAGUCUGAAUGUCUUCCACUACCUGUCUUACCGCGGUGCUGCCGACCUAGACAGUAUCAGCGAUCCGCAAGAACGGAGGAUCGCGGCUGGCGUGAUCCACAACUUUGGUCAAACACCGCAUCAGGUCUUCGCCAAACCGCACCCGCAGCGCGAGGUUCUACAGGGCCCAGCACGGAAACUAGACACUUCGGUCUAUGCCCUCACGAGACUUCCGCACCCGCUUCUUGAAUCUCAGGACAGGAUUUCCUCUCUGCUUUAUGCUCCGAAACUAGACCGCCUUCUGUGCGCUUCGGCCUUCCGGCUAAACGUGCCACCAUAUGAUAAAUGGCUGGAAUGGGGAUAUGCCGACAACAGUGUUCGGUUCUUUUUCAGCGACAACAGAAAGCCCGCCGGUUUGUUCGAGAACCUCCACAUCGGCCAAAUCUCGUGCGUCACUUUUGCGAACUCCAAGACGCUCAUCACGGCAGGGGAGGACUGUGUCAUCUCCGUAUUCGCUAUGCAGACAGCACCAGGCCGGCCAGUCGAACUUCUUCCUCGGUCCAGUUUGUUCGGGCACAAGGCACCCGUUACCACCAUCGCCGUGUCCAAAACAUUCAGCACGUUUGUGUCAAUCUCGGCUGAUGGACAGGCGUUCAUGUGGGAUAUCAACCGGCUGGAGUUCAUCCGGAAACUGCCGCUUGCGCGACAGGUCGAAUGCGCCUCGAUCAACGACGUGACUGGCGACCUCAUGCUGUGCUGCGGACCGAACGUGGUGCUCUACAACAUCAAUGGCUCUCUCAUGCUUGACCAGAACGUGUGCAUGGAGUCGGAUGACUUUGUCCAUUCCUGCGCGUUCUACGAAGGUUCGGGUAACGAAUGGCUCCAGAAUCAGCUUAUCAUCACGGGCCACCGUCGAGGUAGGGUGAACAUUUGGAGAAAGUGCGUGAAGAAUGGGAAAUGGACGCUGGAGCUCCUCCGGCGGCUGGAUCACGUUGAUCAGCGCUCCGAGGCUGGCCUGAAUUACGAUGCCGGCAUUACCUGCAUUACGCCCAUGCCUCAUUGUGUCUAUACUGGGGAUGAAGAUGGACGAGUGUUCGAAUGGAGCCUGCUCCACAGGGACAGGUAG